UAACCGUGCUACAAACUAACUGUAAAAAAAUAGAACAUUUGCAGUUGCAAUCUGUAAAAUUGAGGCGGGGCAGAAAUCGUCAGCAAUAUGUGAGACGGGCGUUUUUCUCAUUUCUGAAACUCUUCCAUUCUCCAUAACAUGCCUCAAGCAAGCAUGAAAAUGAACAGGUUCUGCCGGAGUAGGUGAUAAAGUCAAACAGCACGCUCUUUUUGACGAGUCCAGCACGGACCAGGAAUGCGAUUCAAUCUCAUUGGAUAAUAAGUUUCGAAAGAAGGACUAAAUAGUUGCAAACAGCCAAAACUGGAACCAUGGACGUAUUCAAUUCAUGAAGAAUCUCAGUUGAGCCAUAAGGUUCUCUCUCAGGAAUCAGCAUGGCGCACCGCUCUCAGUGUUCCUCAGCAGGGGAUCACCCCCUGGACCCCAAAUACCUGCCUUCCCACUUCCGCGAGGAGUACCGGCUGGCCAUUGACGCACUUGUGGAGGAUGACUUGGAGGGCUAUUAUGAAUUCCUUCAGAGUGUGGAUGUGGUGGACUUCCUCUCCAGACAGGAAAUUGAGCACAUUAGGUGCACAGUGCAAAUUCCGUACCAGAGCACUCAGCCAGAGCUCCCGUAUGUAGAGUCUGAGGUAGAUGGCUCUUCAGACACAUACUGGCCUGUGCACUCUGACUUGGAUGCACCUGGUCUUGACCUUGGCUGGCCCCAACAGCAUCACUUCAUAGGCCCCACCGAGGUCACCACGCUGGUUAACCCCUCUGAGCCAGAUAUGCCCAGUAUCAAGGCGCAGGCUCGUCAACUUAUCAAGAAUGCUCAACAAGUGAUUGCUGUGGUAAUGGACACUUUCACAGAUGUGGACAUCUUCGCUGAUAUUCUGGAUGCUGCCAUGCGAAGUGUUGCCGUGUAUAUCAUUCUGGAUGAACAGAAUGCACACCACUUUACCACCAUGGCUUCCAACUGCCGGGUCAAUCUGGAGAGCAUUCAAUUCAUGCGUGUCAGAACUGUAUCAGGCAUCACCUAUCGCUGUCGCUCUGGAAAGUCCUUCAAGGGUCAAAUGCUGGAUCGCUUCUUGCUGACAGACUGCAGGGCUGUCCUGAGUGGAAACUAUAGCUUCAUGUGGUCUUUUGAGAAGAUUCACCGUUGCAUGGCUCACCUCUUUCUUGGACAGCUUGUGACUACUUUUGAUGAGGAGUUCCGAAUCCUGUUUGCACAGUCCCAACCUUUGGUACCUGAAAAUGUCCUUGUUCCAGUGCCAGACUACAGCAGUUUAUCUGACAGCCAAUACAGCACUGAUAGGACACCAUUGUUCAGAGAUCCCAGAAAGUUCCUGCCCAUAGAGAGCUCUCAUCCUAAAGAAUGGGCUAGACAUUCCUUUGAUGAUCAGAAAAGAAUGCCCCCUGGAAGGCACGAGCACAUCCACAGAUCACUAGAUCAGGGUCCACUAGAUAUGCACAGAAACAAGUACUCCUCACAGCAAUUUAGAAUAGAGCAGCAGUAUUUUAUGGAGCAAGGUCACCCUAUGAUACAGUCGAACACAAUGGAUUUUGCUGGCUCUAAAAGGCACAGUUAUGCAGAGGGCACUUAUGCCAGACACUCCUCCUCUCAAUUCAUGCAGAACCAAGCCAUGCAUAACUUUGAGGAGGGUAUGGCAACCCAGAGCAGGAAGAUACAUAGGGAACAGCAUCACUACCAGAGAACAGGGCCAGAGCCUGGUUAUGGUAGCUACGAUCAAUUCAGGGACCAAGGGUACCCUCCGAUGGAUCAGUAUUCUGAGUCUGGGUACCCACAUGGAAUAGAGAUAGAGCCACCAGACAACUAUGACCCUGUAGUGAAUUAUUUAUCAUCAUCGAAACUUGCUAUGGAGAUGGGACAUGGCUCAGACAAAUUAUCACAUCCAGGAGAGGGUCCCUUUUGUCAUUCAAAUGCAAAAAGACUGAGCGUGGGCCAUCCUUAUGCCUGUCAGACCUCCCCAACACAACAAAACCUGUCUGAACAGAAGCAGUUUUUUGUUGGGUCUGGUUCGGACCGUAAAACACAGGAUCCCAGUGCAAAGCAGGGGAUGCGAGAUUGGAGGAUCAGCUCAUACCUCAGUGCAUAUGAUGAUGCUGGGGAAGAAGACAUUUCACAGCCUUUUGGAAAUGAUCCCUUUGAAGAGCCCCUUAAUCCCUCACAAGGAAUAAUAUUUGCUCCACUGGUAUCAGAUCCCAAGUUUAAUGCCAAAGAGUUACCCAAGAUUGCAGGGCUCAGGUUAAAGACCACACGCCCGGAACAUUCAAGAACACCAGAUAUUAUUGUUAGCAUGGCAACAGAUGAAGGUGACAAAUCAGAGGAUAUGGAUGUAAAAGAGCCCAAAAGAGAAGAGUCAUUCCGUAGGAGGUUCAACCCUGCUAUCCAAAGGACCUCAAGGCUAAGAUCCUCACUAAUCUUCAGCUCACAACUAGAACAGCAUAUCUCUCAAGAACUGAACCUUACCUCAGGCCAACAUUGUGAGGAAACUGCAAACGAGGAAGAUGACCAAUCUAGAUUUUCCUUGACCGCUCAGAUUUUGGGAAAACGAAGAUCCAUAACAAGAGAACCUUUUCAAUGGAGAUGUAAUAAGCCAGCAACAGUUGAUAAUUCAACCAUAGAGUCUUUGAAAUUUGAGGACAUCACUACUGAUGCCGGUGAUAAGGAAUUGCAAAAUAAUCCUCCUUUGGGCACCAACAUGGCUUCUUCAAAGGAACAACCUAAACCUGACCAUGAAGAAGAAGGCAAAAUGGUACAAUGUGCACAUCCAUCCAAAUCUGCUCAAAUUGAGCAACCCAAAACCAUACAAACAGCACACCUGCCAUAUUCAUUGAGCAAUACAUUAUAUAUAGAUAUGAAUGAUCCAGACAGUAGGUUCAAGUUUUUUAAAGAGUUGGCUGCCAAACGAAAAGCUGCAAAGGCUUCAGAGUCUGAGAGCAGCGCUGAAAAAGCUCCUCUAAAUCCAGUGACUCCAUUUGCCUUGAAAACAAAGGACGAAGUCACAAGUGUAGAACCUACUCUUCCAGUGGCUCCACUAAAUCCAGCAGAUACUUCCACCAAAAAGCCAUCUACAUCAACAGAGGGACCUCUUAACCCAGAAGAUACAUCAAACAAAAAGAUAGCAACAUCAACAGAGGCCCUACUUAAUCCAGCAGAUACUUCAACAAACAAGACAGCAACAUCAACAGAGACCCCACCUAAUACAGCAGAUACAUCAACAAACAAGACAGCCACAUCAACAGAGACCCCACCUAAUCCAGCAGAUACUUCAACAAACAAGACAGCAACAUCAACAGAGACCCCACUUAAUCCAGCAGAUACUUCAACAAACAAGACAGCAACAUCAACAGAGACCCCACCUAAUCCAGCAGAUACUUCCAACAAAAAGCCAGCUACAUCAACACGGACCUCUUCAGAAACACUGGAGACCUCACCUGUCUCACAGGGGAAUAAAACAUCCAUGGCAACACAUGGCUCAUUACAUCUUGAUGUCAAAGACAAGACUUCUAAAAAUAAAGAACUGGAAGAACUUAAUCUUCCCAAAAGUGACUCCGUAACAUUCCUCAGGCAUAGAUUAUCUUGUGACGAUGGGCUACUUAGAGUCUCUAUGGAUGCUGAGAAGAUUGAGCUGAAGAACAGUCAGAACCAAGGUGUGUCUGAAGUUAACACAAGAGAUACAAAUGCAUUUCUUGAGCACACAUCAAAAGAGCAUAUCUUUAACAUCACCCCAAAGGAGUUUAGUUCAUAUAAACUAUCACCAAAGGAACCAAAUUCUUCAAAUCCUGCUUCAAAGGAGCUGAGCCCAUCUCUUCCACUCACCCUAACAGAAGUUAGCUCAUUGUUAUCUCCAACAUCAACAAGUUUCAGUUUAGCUAAUCUCACUUCAUUUAAACAUGCCGCAAAAGAUUUGAGCUCAGCCCUUACCCCCACCCUUAAUGAGUCCAGUUCAUCAAAGCAGAAAUUACUAUCCUCUAAACCAGUCACAGUAGAGUCCAACAAACCUCUGAGCCCCACCCAAUCCGAGUCAAGUGUCUCUUCUCAUCCCAUUCCAUCAAAAUCCAGCACCUCUGCUCAUACCAUCCCAUUGCAAUCAAGUCCCCCCAUUAUUCCUGGUCCAGUUGAGCCAGUUGUGUCUCCCAAGCCUGACAAAACUGAUUCCAAGGAAUCUCUUAGCCCUACCCCAAUGCAAUCUUGCUCGUCCUCAAUCCCUGCCCCUGCAACAAAACUUAGCCUUCGGCUAAGCUCUACCCAAACAAAAUCCAGUUCCUUACCUACAUCCACCUUAGUUGGGUCCACUUCAUCAACACCAAUAAACUCUAACAUCUCUCCCAAUCCCUCCACAAAGGAGUCAUUGUUUACAAUUGCCACAACUGAGUUGAAGUCACCCUCUCCAAAGACCAACCCAAUAAAAUCCUACUCCUCUCCUUGUCCUGGCCAAGAUGAGUUUGUUUUAUCCCCCAAACCCUCCAAAACAGCAUCCAACUCUGAUCCAAAGCUCACCACAGCAGAGUUGAAUGACUCUCCCAACUCCUCACUUCCAUCGCCAAAGCAUUUCACGGAACAAGCCAACAAAUCUCCCAUCCUAACACCAACACAAUCUAGUUCUUCUUCCAAUCCAACAACAAGAGAACCCAACCCUCUUCCUAACAACACCCCAACAGAACCAGGUGCAUCUCCUGACCACACCCCAACAGAUUCAAGUGCAUCUUCUAACCUUACCCAAACAAAAUCACAUUCCUCCCCUAUGUCUGCGUCAGGUGGAUCAGUUUUGUUCCCAAUGUCUGGCCAAACAAAAUCUAUCACUUCUCCAAACCUCACCCCAAUAGAAUAUUGUUCCUCUACUAAUCAUACCCCAACUGAGUCUACCUCACCAUUCAACCCUGUCCUUGUAGAAUCCAACCCAUCAAGUAACUCAAACCCAACUCAUUCCACUGCCUCUCAUGACACUGUCCCAGCUCCAUCCGUCAUUGUGGAUAACAGUAAGAAGGGCAAACUAAGUAACCUUAUCAAGGAGCAAAAAGCUGGAAGUUCUCCUGUCGCUAAAGGUGACAAGAAAGCAGGUGAUGCUGAGAUAAUGAGCAAAACUGCUCCUGGAGAAUCCGCCUCCCAUGGACCUCAGAGUCCUGAUGAAACCAAAGAGAAUGAUAGCACUAUGAAACCAGAGAGCCCUACAGAUCAAAGUAAUCCCAUAUCACCCCCAGUGAAGCAAGCUAAAGUAAGCCAGUCCCACUACCAUUCAUCUACUGCCAAUGUACUCUCAAGCAGCAACCUAAGAGAUGACACAAAGCUCCUUUUAGGGCAGAUUUCUGCUAACAGCCAGAGCCGGACAGAAUUCACUAUAGAAUCUGCUGUCACUGAUGAUGCCAAACAGGAUGAGGCUGACCGGGGUGUUAGUGGUAAGGAGGAAGAAUCAGCCCAAGGACAGAGCAGAGGCCCGACUAGAACUUCUCAGGAGCGGGAGAAGCUACUUCAGAGAAUCGAGAGCAUGCGGAAGGAGAGGAAAGUAUACAGCCGCUUUGAGGUAAAGUACCAUACUGUAUCAAUAGGCCAGUAGCAAUUUACAAAAUACAAUUUUAAGGUACCUAUUGUACCCAAGGUACCCACUGUAUUGUGUUUUCACUCACACCUGCUUUCCUUCAUGUGAGCUUAUGUUUUCUGUUUAUUAUUCUGUAUUUUGAUAGAUGCCGCCUUAACCAGGGAUCGGAAGGAUGAUUGAGUAUGGAGAAAGACCAUCGCUAAUUCUCCUCUAAAACUUGUCCUUUAAUUAUGUCCAUUCCCCAAAAGUCUAAAAUCACAGGUCAGAGAGGCACAGAUAGCUAACCAGCAGAGAGGUAUUAUUCUCAGGUUUCUACAUUAGAGUGUCCCUCCGAAUGGACUAUCUGCAUGUAAAUGAUUAAGGUUUAUGGGAACAUGAACAGAAACUUGACUGAGUUGACUAAAUUUACCAACAUGGACUACUGUAUAAGUAAACAGAGACUCUACAGUGUGUAUAAUGGACUACUGCUAUCUACAAGGUGGGACUGAAACAUGCAAUCUCAUCAGAUAAAUACACAGCUAAAUGUGCAAUAUAUUUGAAAAGUAUUGUGUUCAUAGACACACCGGACACAUAGGUAUUGUUGACUGUAUGGGUCAACUGCAAUGUAAUAUCUGUUACUCUCAUGGUUGUUUAAUUAUUAUCUGUUUGAGGAUCUGUUUUAUAUACUAACAGACAUUUCAAAAUACAAACAUUAGAAUCACCAUUAAUCAUCAUAGAACAUGUAAUCAUCAUAAACAGUGCAAGUAUAGCUUUCAUGUAGUUAAUGGACCACUUUCUUCAUUUCAGUAGGUUAGUAGGUGUAACAAAUCAGGAUGACAAUGUGCAAGAUAAACCAAAUGCAGGUAACUGCCAAAAUAAUGUAAACACAUAUGUAAAUGAGGGAUACAAAGAAUAUUGAAGGCAUGUUCUUCCACACAGGUGUGGUUCCUGAAUUAAUUAAGCAAUUAAUAUCAUGCUUUGGGUCAUGUAUAAAAAUGCUGGGGCGGCCAUUUUUUUGGAUACUAUUGUUAUACCCCAUAGGAUAACAAUGCUCCCCUCCGCAGGGCACAAGUGGUUACUGAAUGGUUUGAUGAGCAUUAAAACGAUGUAAACCAUAUGCCAUGUUUGUCUCAGUCACCAGAUCUCAACCCAAUUGAACACUUCUGGGAGAUUCUGGAGUGGCGCCUGAGACAACGUUUUCCACCACCAUCAACAAAACACAAAUUAUGGAAUUUCUCAUGGAAGAAUGGUGUUGCAUCCCUCCAAUAGAGUUCCAGACACUCACAAAAUCUAUGCCAAGGUGCAUUGAAGCUGUUCAUGGUGGCCCAACACCCUAUUAAAAAACAUUAUGUUGGUGUUUCUUUGGCAGUUACCUGUGUAUGCAUGAAUAAUCAUGUGUAUUUGCACAAAAAUGUUAAUGCCACGGGACAUUGCUAUCUCCAGUUUGGACUUUCAAAACUAUGUGGACACCUGCUCGUCGAAAACCUCAUUCCAAAAUCAUGGGAAAUAGUAUGGAGUUGGUCCCCCCCCUUUACUGCUAUAACAGCCUCCACUCUUCUGGGAAGGCUUUCCACUAGAUGUUGGAACAAUGCUGUGGGGACUUGCUUCUAUUCAGCCACAAGAGCAUUGGUGAGGUCAGGCACUGAUGUUAGGUGAUUAGGUCUGGCUCUCAGUCGGCGUUCCAAUUCAUCCCAAAGGUGUUCGAUGGGGUUGAGGUCAGGGCUCUGUGCAGGCCAGACAAGUUCUUCCACACCAAUCUCGAACAAACCAUUUCUGUAUGGAUUUCGUUUUAUGCAAGGAGGCAUUGUCAUCCUGAAACAGGAAAGGGCCUUCCCCAAGCUGUUGCCACAAAGUUGGAAGCACAGAAUCGUCUAAAAUGUCAUUGUAUUCUGUAGCGUUACGAUUUCCCUUCACUGGAACUAGCCCGAACCAUGAAAAACAGCCCCAGACCAUUAUGUCUCAUCCACCAAACUUUACAGUUGGCAUUAUGCAUUCGGCAGGUAGCGUUCUCCUGUUAUCUGACAAACCCAAAUGUGUCUGUCUGACUGCCACAUGGUGAAGCGUGACUCAUCACUCCAGAGAAUGCUUUUCCACUGCUCCGGCGUCCAAUUGGCGGCAAGUUUUACACCACUCCAGCUGACGCUUGGCUUUGCACAUGGUGAUCUUAGGCUUGUGUGCGGCUGCUCAGCCAUUGAAACCCAUUUCAUGAAUCUCCCGACGAACAGUUCUUAUGCUGACAUUGCUUCCAGAGGCAGUUUGGAACUCUGUAGUGAGUGAAGUGCAUUUGGAAGGUUUUCAGACCCCUUGACUUUUCCACAUUUUGUUAUGUUAGAGCCUUAUUCUAAAAUUUAUCAAAUGUGUUUUUUGCUCAUCAAUCUACACACAGUACUCCACAAUGACAAAGCAAAAACAGGUUUUUAGGCAUUUUUGCAAAUGUAUUCAAAAUAAAAAAAACUGAAAAAACAUAUUUACAUAAGUAUUCAGACCCUUUGCUAUAAGAGACGAAAUUGAGCUCUGGUGCAUUCUGUUUCCAUUGAUCAUCCUUGAGAUGUUUCUACAACAAGAUUGAAGUCCAUCUGUGAUAAAUUCAAUUGAUUGGACAUAAUUUGGAAAGGCACACACCUGUCUAUAUAAGGUCCCACAUUUGACAGUGCAAGUCAGAGCAAAAACCAAGCCAUGAGAUCGAAGGAAUUGUCCGUAGAGCUCCGAGACAGGAAUGUGUUGAGGCACAGAUCUGGUGAAGGGUACCAAAACAUUUCUGCAGCAUUGAAGGCCAAGAACACAGUGGCCUCCAUUAUUCUUGAAUGGAAGAAGUUUGGAACCACCAAGACUCUUCCUAGAGUUGGCCGCCCCGCCAAACUGAAACGUGGCACCAUCCCUUCGGUGAAGCAUGGUCAUGGCAGCAUCAUGCUAUGGGGAUGUUUUUCAGAGGCAGGGACUGGGACACUAGUCAGGAUCAAGGGAAUGAUGUACGGAGCAAUGUACAGAAAGAUCCUUGAUAAAAACCUGCUCCAGAGCGCUCAGGAACUCAGACCGGACCUCAGACUGCUCACCUUCCUACAGGACAAUGACCCUAAGCACACAGGCAAGUCAACACAGGAGUGGCUUUGGGACAAGUCUCUGAAUGACCUUGAGUGGCCCAGCCAGAGCCCGGACUUGAACCCGAUAGAACAUCUCGGGAGAGACUUUAAAAUAGCUGUGCAGCGACGCACCCCAUCCAACCUGACCGAGCUUGAGAGGAUCUGCAGAGAAGAAUGGGAGAAACUCCCCAAAUACAGGUGUGCCAAGCUUGUAGCGUCAUACCCAAGAAGACUCAAGGCUGUAAUCGCUGCCAACGGUGCUUCAACAAAGUGCUGAGUAAAGGGUCUGAAUACUUAUGUAAAUGUGAAAUUUCCGUGUUUUUUUGUACUCUGUAUAAAUGUAAUAAGCUAAAUAAAGUGUGUAAAUGAACGCCA